CCGUGUGGAGAAAACAACACUCUGAAAUCAUGACUGGACGUGAGGGUGGUAAAAAAAAACCAUUGAAGGCGCCUAAGAAAGACGCCAAGGACAUGGACGAUGAGGAAAUCGCAUUCAAGCAAAAGCAGAAGGAGCAGCAGAAGGCCCUAGACGCAGCCAAGGCUAACGCCUCUAAGAAGGGACCCCUCGUCGGCGGCGGCAUCAAGAAGUCCGGAAAGAAGUGAUUGCACUGCCUACCAGCUGCUAGAAACGAAAUUCACACACAAACCAAUAAGAAGAGGCAGAAUCAGAACAACAGAAACACGAACAUUUGCAGCCUCCAGUUUUCGCGUCAGAACCAUGGACCAAGAUUUAUUGUAGUGUGUGAAAACUAGAAGCAUCUGUACCCUUUUUUUAUACUUACCAAUAUGUACGAUUAAAUAAUGCUAUAUUUAUAUAAACUUGCA